UUAAUGGUGCUUCAAGAAUUGUUGCUUUUAGCGGCAGGGUCUCAGGGGUCUCCUGACCUGUCCACGUUUAUCAGCUCCGAACCCUUUUCAGUUUCAUUUGUUGCCCGUAGUUGUUCUUAGUUGAGGUUUUGUCCCGUUCACUUCCACAUUUCUCGAAUUCUUAAGUAGGUGCCUGCGGCGCUGCCUUUGGAUAUCAGUUUACACGUAACCUUCAGUAAAUAAUCCGUCAGAGACCCACCCAUCGCCUCUCCUUCCCCCUUCGCCGGAGAAGUCUUCCCCCGCCUUCUCUCCCCGGGCGGCGCAGCCCGGAGCCCCAGCGCCCAGGUCUUCCUAACUUCAUUGCUGAAACUUGCUCUGAACUUCGUUGCUGAAACUUGCUUUUUGCCCAUCGAGAGCCAUGCUUCGAGUGAUUGUGGAAUCUGCCAGCAACAUCCCUAAAACGAAAUUUGGAAAACCGGAUCCUAUUGUUUCUGUUAUUUUUAAAGAUGAGAAAAAGAAAACGAAGAAAGUUGAUAAUGAACUCAACCCUGUUUGGAAUGAGAUUUUGGAGUUUGACUUGAGGGGUAUACCACUGGACUUUUCAUCAUCCCUUGGGAUUGUUGUGAAAGAUUUUGAGACAAUUGGACAAAAUAAAUUAAUUGGCACAGCCACUGUAGCCCUGAAGGACCUGGUUGGUGACCAGAGCAGAUCCCUGCCCUACAAACUAACCUCCCUGCUAAACGAAAGAGGACAAGAGACUGGGGCCACCAUUGACUUGGUGAUCGGCUAUGAUCCGCCUUCAGCUCCACAUCCAAACGACCCCAGUGGGACCAGCGUGCCAGGCAUGGGAGGAGAAGAGGAGGAAGAUGGCGGUGACGAGGAGGAGUUGGACAAUACCAUCAAGGUCCCCGGACCCAAGGGCCCAGGAGGGAUGGCGUCGGAAGCUCACCUUGCCCGGAGGCUCACCAAAGGGAGGAGCAGCCGGCGGAUGCUGUCUAACAAGCCACAGGACUUCCAGAUCCGUGUCCGAGUGAUCGAGGGCCGGCAAUUAAGUGGCAACAACAUCAGACCUGUGGUCAAAGUCCACGUCUGUGGUCAGACACACCGAACAAGAAUCAAGCGAGGGAACAAUCCUUUUUUUGAUGAGCUGUUUUUCUACAAUGUCCACCUGACUCCUUCUGAAUUGAUGGAUGAGAUCAUCAGCAUUCGGGUUUAUAAUUCCCAUUCUUUGCGGGCAGAUUGUCUGAUGGGAGAAUUUAAGAUUGAUGUCGGAUUUGUCUAUGAUGAACCUGGUCAUGCUGUCAUGAGAAAAUGGCUUCUUCUCAAUGACCCAGAAGAUACCAGCUCGGGUGCCAAAGGUUACAUGAAAGUCAGCAUGUUCGUCCUGGGAACUGGAGAUGAGCCUCCCCCUGAGAAACGAGAUCGUGAAAAUGACAGUGAUGACGUGGAAAGUAACCUGUUACUCCCAGCUGGCAUUGCCCUCCGGUGGGUGACCUUCUUGCUGAAGAUCUACCGAGCAGAGGAUAUCCCCCAGAUGGAUGAUGCCUUCUCACAGACAGUAAAGGAAAUAUUUGGAGGCACUGCAGAUAAGAAAAACCUAGUGGAUCCUUUUGUAGAAGUUUCCUUUGCUGGAAAAAAGGUUUGCACAAAUAUAAUCGAGAAAAAUGCAAACCCUGAGUGGAACCAAGUCGUUAAUCUUCAAAUCAAGUUUCCUUCGGUGUGUGAAAAAAUAAAACUAACAAUAUAUGACUGGGACCGUCUUACCAAAAAUGAUGUCGUGGGAACAACAUAUCUGUACCUGUCUAAAAUCGCAGCCUCUGGUGGGGAAGUGGAAGAUUUCUCAUCCUCGGGAUCUGGGGCUGCAUCAUAUACAGCGAAUACAGGAGAAACAGAGGUGGGCUUUGUUCCGACAUUUGGACCUUGUUAUCUGAACCUUUAUGGAAGUCCCAGAGAAUACACGGGAUUCCCAGACCCCUACGAUGAGCUAAACACAGGAAAGGGGGAAGGAGUUGCCUACAGAGGCAGAAUCUUUGUUGAAUUAAGCACUUUGCUCGAAAAGACACCACCAGAUAAAAAGCUUGAGCCCAUUUCAAAUGAUGACCUGCUGGUUGUGGAGAAAUAUCAGCGAAGGCGGAAGUACAGCCUGUCUGCCGUGUUCCAUUCGGCCACCAUGUUGCAAGAUGUUGGUGAGGCCAUUCAGUUUGAAGUCAGCAUUGGGAACUAUGGCAACAAGUUUGACACGACCUGUAAGCCUUUGGCAUCAACCACUCAAUACAGCCGUGCUAUAUUUGAUGGGAACUACUAUUACUACCUGCCUUGGGCCCACACAAAGCCAGUUGUUACGCUGACCUCAUACUGGGAGGAUAUUAGUCAUCGCCUGGAUGCCGUGAAUACCCUCCUAGUCAUGGCAGAACGGCUGCAAUCAAACCUAGAGGCUCUAAAAUCUGGGAUACAAGGUAAAAUUCCUGCAAACCAGUUGGCAGAAGUGUGGUUGAAGCUGAUCGAUGAAAUUACAGAAGACACAAGAUACACAUUGCCUCUCACAGAAGGAAAAGCUAACGUCACAGUUCUCGAUACUCAGAUCCAAAAGUUGAGAUCCAGAGCUCUCUCCCAGAUACAUGAGGCAGCUGUUAGGAUGAGGUCUGAGGCCACAGAGGUGAAGUCCACCUUGGCGGAAAUUGAGGACUGGCUCGAUAAGUUAAUGCAGCUGACUGAAGAGCCUCAGAACAGCAUGCCUGACAUCAUCAUCUGGAUGAUCCGUGGAGAGAAGAGAUUGGCCUACGCGCGCAUUCCCGCGCAUCAGGUUUUAUACUCCACCAGCGGUGAGAACGCAUCCGGGAAAUACUGUGGGAAAACCCAAACCAUCUUUCUGAAGUAUCCGCAGGAAAAAAACAAUGGACCAAAGGUGCCGGUGGAGUUGCGUGUGAACAUCUGGCUGGGCUUAAGUGCUGUUGAGAAGAAGUUCAAUAGCUUCGCAGAAGGAACAUUCACCGUCUUUGCUGAAAUGUAUGAAAAUCAAGCUCUUAUGUUUGGAAAAUGGGGCACUUCCGGAUUAGUGGGUCGUCAUAAAUUUUCUGAUGUCACAGGAAAAAUAAAACUCAAGAGGGAAUUCUUUUUGCCUCCAAAAGGCUGGGAAUGGGAAGGAGACUGGAUCGUUGAUCCUGAAAGAAGCUUGCUGACCGAGGCAGAUGCGGGUCACACGGAGUUCACAGAUGAAGUGUAUCAGAAUGAGAGCCGCUACCCUGGGGGCGAAUGGAAGCCAGCAGAGGACACUUACACGGAUGCGAAUGGUGAUAAGGCAGCAUCACCCAGCGAGCUCACUUGCCCUCCAGGUUGGGAAUGGGAAGAUGACGCAUGGGUCUAUGACAUAAAUCGUGCAGUGGACGAGAGAGGCUGGGAGUAUGGAAUUACCAUUCCUCCUGAUAAUAAGCCCAAAUCCUGGGUUGCAGCGGAGAAAAUGUAUCAUACCCAUAGACGGCGAAGGCUGGUCCGAAAACGCAAGAAAGAUUUAGCACAAAGCACUUCAAGUACUGCAAAGGCCAUGGAGGCACUUGAAGACCGGGAGGGCUGGGAAUAUGCGUCUUUAAUUGGCUGGAAAUUUCACUGGAAACAGCGUAGUUCAGAUACCUUUCGCCGCAGACGCUGGAGGAGAAAAAUGGCUCCUUCAGAAACGCAUGGUGCAGCUGCCAUCUUUAAACUCGAAGGUGCCCUUGGUGCAGACACUACAGAGGAUGGAGAUGAAAAGAGUUCAGAAAAACAGAAGCACAGCGCCACCACCGUGUUUGGAGCAAACACUCCCAUUGUUUCCUGUAAUUUUGACAGAGUCUACAUCUACCAUCUACGCUGCUAUAUCUAUCAAGCCAGAAACCUCAUGGCUCUAGACAAGGAUAGCUUUUCAGAUCCAUAUGCUCAUGUCUCCUUCCUUCAUCGAAGCAAAACCACUGAGAUCAUCCACUCAACUCUGAAUCCCACAUGGGACCAAACCAUUAUAUUUGACGAAAUUGAAAUCUAUGGGGAACCCCAAACAGUCCUACAAAACCCCCCCAAAGUUGUCAUCGAACUUUUUGACAGUGACCAAGUGGGCAAAGAUGAAUUUUUAGGUCGAAGCCUGUGCUCUCCUCUGGUGAAACUAAACUCAGAGAUGGACAUCACGCCCAAACUUCUCUGGUACCCAGUAAUGAAUGGAGACAAGGCCUGUGGGGAUGUCCUUGUAACUGCAGAGCUGAUUCUGAGGCACAAGGAUGGCUCCAACCUUCCCAUUCUUCCCUCACAAAGGGCCCCAAAUCUGUACAUGGUCCCCCAGGGCAUCAGGCCUGUGGUCCAGCUCACUGCUAUUGAGAUUCUAGCGUGGGGCUUAAGAAAUAUGAAGAAUUACCAGAUGGCAUCUGUCACAUCCCCCAGCCUCAUUGUGGAGUGUGGAGGGGAACGGGUAGAAUCAGUGGUGAUCAAAAACCUUAAGAAGACGCCCAACUUUCCAAGUUCUGUUCUCUUCAUGAAAGUGUUCUUGCCCAAGGAGGAAUUGUACAUGCCCCCGCUGGUGAUCAAGGUCAUCGACCACCGGCAGUUUGGGCGCAAGCCCGUCGUGGGCCAGUGCACCAUCGACCGCCUGGACCGCUUUCGCUGCGACCCUUAUGCAGGAAAGGAGGACAUUGUGCCGCAGCUAAAAGCCUCCUUUUUGUCUGCCCCACCCUGCCGGGAUGUCAUUAUUGAAAUAGAAGACACCAAACCAUUACUGGCUUCAAAGUGCUUAAGCAGCAUGUCAACAGCACUCAGCAAAAUGGCUUCUCCAACGACAGUGCAUCUCACAGAAAAGGAGGAAGAAAUUGUUGACUGGUGGAGUAAAUUUUAUGCUUCCACAGGGGAACAUGAAAAAUGUGGACAAUAUAUUCAGAAAGGCUAUUCUAAACUCAAGAUAUAUGACUGUGAACUUGAGAAUGUGACGGAAUUCGAGGGCCUGACAGACUUCUCAGAUACUUUCAAGCUGUAUCGAGGCAAAUCAGAUGAGAAUGAAGAUCCUUCUGUGGUAGGAGAGUUUAAGGGCUCCUUCAGAAUCUACCCCCUGUCGGAUGACCCCAGCGUACCAGCCCCUCCCCGGCAGUUUCGGGAAUUACCUGACAGCGUCCCACAGGAAUGCACGGUUAGGAUUUACAUUGUUCGAGGCUUAGAGCUCCAGCCCCAGGACAACAAUGGCCUGUGCGACCCUUAUAUAAAGAUUACACUGGGCAAAAAAGUAAUCGAAGAUCGAGAUCACUACAUCCCCAACACACUCAACCCGGUGUUCGGCAGAAUGUAUGAACUGAGCUGCUACUUACCUCAAGAAAAAGAUCUGAAAAUUUCUGUCUAUGACUACGACACCUUUACUCGUGAUGAAAAAGUGGGAGAAACGAUUAUUGAUCUGGAAAACCGAUUCCUUUCCCGGUUUGGGUCCCACUGCGGCAUUCCUGAGCAGUACUGUGUUUCUGGAGUGAAUACCUGGCGAGAUCAGCUGAAACCAACACAGUUGCUUCAAAACGUAGCCAGAUUCAAAGGCUUCCCACCACCUGUCCUUUCUGAAGAUGGAAGUAGAAUCAGAUACGGAGGACGAGACUACAGCCUGGAUGAAUUUGAAGUCAACAAAAUCCUGCACCAGCAUCUCGGGGCUCCUGAGGAGCGCCUUGCCCUUCACAUCCUCAGGACUCAGGGGCUGGUCCCUGAACAUGUGGAAACGAGGACUUUGCACAGCACCUUCCAGCCCAACAUCUCCCAGGGAAAACUUCAGAUGUGGGUGGAUGUUUUCCCCAAGAGUUUGGGGCCACCAGGCCCUCCUUUCAACAUCACACCCCGGAAAGCCAAGAGAUACUACCUGCGUGUGAUCAUCUGGAACACCAAGGAAGUGAUCCUGGAUGAGAAAAGCAUCACAGGAGAAGACAUGAGUGACAUCUACGUCAAAGGCUGGAUUCCUGGCAAUGAAGAAAACAAACAGAAAACAGAUGUCCAUUACAGGUCCUUAGAUGGAGAAGGGAAUUUUAACUGGAGAUUUGUCUUCCCAUUUGACUACCUCCCAGCUGAACAACUCUGUAUCGUUGCUAAAAAAGAGCAUUUCUGGAGUAUUGACCAAACUGAAUUUCGGCUCCCACCUAGACUGAUCAUUCAGAUAUGGGAUAAUGACAAGUUUUCUCUGGAUGACUAUUUGGGUUUCCUGGAACUUGACUUGCAUCACACCAUCAUUCCAGCAAAAUCACCAGAGAAAUGCAAUUUGGACAUGAUCCCGGACCUCAAAGCCAUGAACCCCCUCAAAGUGAAAACUGCCUCUCUCUUUGAACAGAAGUCCAUGAAAGGAUGGUGGCCAUGCUAUGUAGAUAAAGACGGCUCCCGUGUGAUGGCUGGGAAAGUGGAGAUGACAUUGGAAGUCCUCAACGAGAAGGAGGCCGACGAGAGGCCAGCCGGGAAGGGACGGGAUGAACCCAACAUGAACCCCAAGCUGGACCCACCAAACCGACCGGAAACCUCCUUCCUCUGGUUCACCAACCCGUGUAAGACCAUGAAGUUCAUCGUGUGGCGCCGAUUUAAAUGGGUCAUCCUCGGCCUGCUGGUCCUGCUGAUCGUGCUGCUCUUCGUGGCUGUGCUCCUCUACUCCUUACCGAACUAUUUGUCGAUGAAGAUUGUGAAGCCAAAUUCAUAAUGGAAGUAAAAGCUUCUUUUCAAGAGUCAUCCAGUCAUGAGGGAGUCCUGUCUCUGUUUAUGGACCAGAACCCAAGAGUGAUUUUGUUUAUGUCUGAGACUACAUUCCAGGGGCAUGUUACACUACUUCACUGAGGCCCAUCAGUUCCCAGAGGGCCUAGGUCAAAGUCAGGCCAACAAGCAACAAUUUUAUCUUGUUAUCUUUUGAAGUAUUGCAUUUUAACCAUGUUUUUUUCAGAAUAUUUUUCAAGGUGGCUGGUUCCAUUUAAAAAUUGUCCUUUUUUAUAUAUCCUAGUUCUGUAAUUCAAUUUUUGGAAAUUGCUGAAAUCGAACUUGAAACUUUCUACAUCUUGACUUCAUAUACUUUUCUUAUCUGUAAUCAACCAAAAGGACUGUGCAUUAUAGUUAGGAGAGUUAAUUUUUAUUUAUGCCUGCAACCAUUACUCUAUUUUGUAUGCAUAAAUGUCAUGAGACUCUAUUCAAGCUCUGUGAUGAACUCAAAUAAAAACAUUUCACCUUUGACA